CGACACACAUAAACUGGCAGUUGCACUGCCACCUCUCCAUCUCUUUGUCUAUGUAAGCUUUGAAGAUAACUCACGAGAAAAGAAGCACCUUUUCCCCUUUCUCAGUGUCUUUGCAGUUUUGGUUGUUUUGGCAAUGGUAGUUUAUCGGAAUACCGUGGUGUGCGGCGACAUUCCGGCGGAGUUCCAGCCGGAAAAGGUCCCUUCUUCAUCCAAUACUAUGUGGGAGGACUUCUUCCCCGGGCAAAAUAAGGAAGAAGAUGAGGAGAAUGACAGCCUGCAAUGGCUUUCAAUCUAUGUGGAGGACUGCCUUUCAGGCAAUACAAGUUUCACCUCGCCACCAUCACCAACUCACUCAAACACAAUCAAAAUUUCUCAAAAUCCUAAACAAACUCAAAAACUAAGCUCCUCCUUUGAAAACUUCUCACUCUCAGUCCCAGCCAAGGCCAGAACCAAGAGAAGAAAGACCAAAGAUGAUUUCAAUUUUCUAAAUUACUCUAAAGAAUCUCCUCUCCUUCACCAAAAACACUGGCUUGCAGAGAGUGAGCUCCUCAUAAUCCCCAAAAUGGAGAAACUUGACAAGUUACAAGAGCAUGCGGAGAAGGGUAUUGGCAAUGGAAGAGAAUUGCAGCAGCUGCAGCCGAGAAGAUGCAGUCAUUGUCUAUCACACAGGACACCACAGUGGAGGGCUGGGCCUUUGGGGCCUAAGACUCUCUGUAAUGCUUGCGGCGUGAGGUUCAAGUCUGGGAGGCUUCAUCCUGAAUACAGGCCAGCAAAAAGCCCCACCUUUGUAAGCUACAUGCACUCCAACUCUCACAAGAAGGUGAUGGAGAUGAGAAUGGUUGGUCUCUCCUCCCAUUCCAAAUAAGCCAUGUAAAACAGUUAAUUAUCUUUUGUUUUUCUUUUCUUGAUUGGUGUUUUGGUAUUGGGCUUUCAAUGAUGAAUACAAGUCUUCCUUGUUCAUCUUUGAUUGCAGUAUUCCUUUAAAGCAAGAAACCAAGAGAUUAUGGUUUACUACUGAGCUUUUUUGUUAGUUUCUUUCUGUAUCUUUGGCUGGACUUUUGUGUUUUAGGGAUAGGGCUGUGUAUGUAUAAUUCAAUCAAUCGAUUCUCCAUUGGAGCGUAUGUUAGUUGCCAAUUAACUAUGAUGCUCUGUGAGGAAGGUAGCAAUUGAUUACUUCAAAUGUUGCUGGCUAUACAUGAA